CGCCACCCCGAGUGCUCCCCGAGCUGCGACUUUGCCGCGUCCGCCCGGGACCCCCGUGGCUCUCCGUGCCCGCCGCCACGACUCUCGGCGGGCUUCACGGCGGCGUGCGUGCCGGCGUGCCGCAGCGACGCUCACUGCGGCACGCCGCGACGCUGCUGCGCCGACGACUGCGGAGGGGCCACGUGCCGGGCCACGCGCCCGGCCACGCGCGGUGUGCCACUGAAGCCACAGAGCGAGCUGGCUGUGAGCCUCCAGCCCGGUGGGGGCGGGGCUACGGGGGGCGGGGCGACGUGGGUGGACGUCAGGUGGACGUCACGCUUUAACGUGUCGGCCCAGCCCGUGGUGUUCGUGCUGCAGGGCCGCUGGAACCACGGAAUCCACCCCAGCGAGGUGGCCGCGUCGCCCUGGGAGACCGUCUCCAUGGUAACUAGCUCCCGUGUCCGCGUGUCCGGUCUGCGUCCCGCCCGCUGGUACCAGCUGCGCGUCGCCGCCGUCAACGCCCAGGGCACCCGCGGAUUCACCGCCCCCUCACGUCACUUCACUCUGCCUCAAGAUCCGUCGCCUCCUCCUCCGCCCUCCUCCCUCCGGCUGAGUCACAUGACCUUCGCGGGGGGCAAGGGGGGGCCCCCCGAGCCCCCCCGGGGGGGGAUGGCGGUGGGGGCGGGGGGAGGGGUCCGGGUCCGGGUAUCUUGGCAGCCCCCUGUGGAUCCGGACGUGCCGGUACGCUACUACCGUGUGUCCAUCACCACCACCGCCACCACCGCCACCGCACGGCGGGAGGGGAACAGGAGGAGGAGGAGGGUGGACACGCCACACCCGUGGCUGGACGUGAGCGGGCUGGCCCCGGGCUCUCGCUGCCGCGUGUCGGUGCAGGCGGUGAGCGUGCACCGCGCGCUGUGCCUCAGGAGUCUUCACGCUCGCCUCUACUUCACCACGCCGGCACUGACAGCCACCACCACCAACAUCACCACCACCACCACCACGGCCACCACGACCACGGCGGCGGCGGCGGCGGUGGCGGAGACAGCGGAGGAGGCUGCGCUGUCGAGCGAAGGUUCCAUCCCCGCCCGGGAUGUGGGGGGCUUGGUGGGGGGGUCGCCCCCCACCUCCCCCGGCAGCGUGUGGGGGGAGGGCCCCACCGUGCACGGGGUUCGGGUUGGAGCCCCCUUCUACAGGGAGAGGCAGCUCCGGGCCAAGGUGGAGUGGGAGACGGACGUCAAUGCCGUGCAGGGGGCGGCCGGCGCUGCAUCGACGUCGCCGCGGUUCCUGGUCCGCUGGACGUCGGAGUCGUGCGCCGGGGGCGUCCCCCAGCACUCGCACCUCGUCCUCACCCAGGAACGGUGGCUGCUGCUCAACUGGCUGCACCUGGGCUGUUCCUAUCGGGUCAACGUCUCCCCCUCCUCCCCCUCCGCGGUUGCCGGGGGCGACGGCCCCCCUUCCUCCUCCGCGGUUGCCGGGGGCGACGGCGGCCCCCACGUCUCCACGGCGACCGCCUCCUUCUCCACCCCGCCCUGCCUGGAGACGGGGAGGCUGCGGCCUUCUGGGUUAAAGGUCACGGCCGCCACCCUUGCUCCAUCGCGGCAGCGGACGAGACCCCGGGCGCGCGGGUCCGGGACAUCUCCGCCGCCUUCACGUUCGACGGAGCCCACCUGACGGGUCGCUUCGAUUGGCUGCUGGCGGCGCCGCCCCCGCCGGCCCGGCCAAUCGCGGGCUUCCAGGCGACGUGGACCCGGCUGU